GAUGUCAAGAUGGCUGCCACGUACAUCUGAUCGGAGGUGUGUGCGCUCGCGAAAUUUGACGCCGAACUGUGAUAAAACUGGCUGUCUCUUCCGAGUCUCUGACAUGGUGACAGUGCGGAAUUAAUCGGCUAGUAUCCAUGAUCACCACUCUGUACACCCUCGAUGAUAAUUUUUGUCGUCGCGGCCGCCGGCGGCUCGCAUUGAACCAUGUUCAGCAAGAAACUACAUGUAGACGUCAAAAAGUCAACACUGAAGAUCCAGGAUGUUAAAAAGGAUAGCGCGACUCGGUUCAAGCAUCUUAAGAUUGUACUAGAAAAUGUGGACACUGAUGAAGCAAAAGGGUUUUUUGAAGGAAACUUCAGUCAUGUCUAUUUUAUUCUGUACGAUUGUUUUGUGUCAGCUGAAGCCAAUCUGCGGCAACGAGAACUUUCCUUCCACAUUGUGCAAAGAGCACAUAGGGAGGAAUUGGAGCAGGUACUACAACUCUUAGAGAAAGUUUUAACGCUUCUCCCCGAACUUCUUAAUAGAAGAUGGCAAUGUCAUAGCUUGGCGAGGAUUUUGCAAAAACUUUUACAUCCUGGUAAUAGUUGGAAACUCCGAAGGGAAGCUAUAAGAUAUUUUAUUUUGUGGUACCAAGCGCUUGGAGAAAAUGCACCGAACCACAUACAUCAAAUGUUUGCGAGCUUGGUGCCAGGGUUUCCACCCCAGCAGCCGUCUCCUUAUAAGUCUGAUAGAAGAUCGGAUGGGAAGAAAGAUAAACUUGUUAAAGCUACUGGUUGUGAUGAUAGAGAUAAAAAAGAAUUUUAUGAUACACAAAUGUCACAAAGUACUUUUCACGACAGCAGUUUUAAUCAGUGUCCUGUCACUCCCGUUGAUAAUGGACCUAUUCUACCUCCGCAAAGUGGGGAGAAACCUCUUGAUAAUGAGACUGUUCGAUUUUUAGAAGCGUUACUUGAAUUUAUGGUUUCUCAGGUUGUAAAGAUAGAAUGGAGAGAUAAAUCAUCGCGGCAGCACAAGACUUUUCAAUUUUUAUUAGAACGUUUUAAGGCCACGUACCUUCGGUACAUCUGUCCUGAGUUCGACGAUAAUUUCUCAUUGUACAAACCGAAUUUAGAAUUGCCUACGAUGCGUAAACCAACGAAUCAAAGUCAGGAUGUAUAUGUAUUAUGUAAAGUUGCUUUGAUCAAGUGGAUCGCUAGUUUUACCCAUAUUGCUAGGAAAGAUGCUCGCGUCGCACACCUUUCGCAUAGCACAACUCCGAAUGAGGAACACACAGAACCAGAACUUCGUCGAGUUUCAGUUACUCAAAGCUCUGCUGACUCGUCUUUGUUAUCACCCGACUCGUCCAUGUCUCAGCCAGAAAAUCAGAAUCAAGAAGAUAGUACGGUCACAGCGGUUACUCUCGUCAGAGAUGUUCUUUAUAGUAACAGGGAUAACGUGAACUUCGUACACGAAUUGUACAGACAAGCAUUUUUGCUGGACUUCAACCAUGCCGGUGCUAUAAGGAAGGCUAUAGCCGUUUACAAAGAUUGGAUUCAGAUGAAUGAACUUCCACCGUUCAUGUUGGAGCCGUUAGAUGGUCACAAGGAGAGGGACUUAGAGGAGAAUGCGAAAAGAGACGGAAACGAUAUCGAUAAAAGUCCAUCCGAAAGUUAUCGUCAGACGAGAUUAAGGAACGAUUCUUACCUCGGUGCUAUACAUAGAGAGAAUUUGUUUAUAAGGGCCGGACUGCAAAAUGUUUUGCAGAUAUUCAUUACACAAGCCUCUAACGUAUUUUUUCUGGAAAACUCUGGACCGAGCGCAUCCUUAACGUUACUCGAAGAACAGACCGAUAGUUGCAAGAGAGUAUUAAACGUGUAUCGAUACGUAGUAAUGAAUUCUAGAUUAGAACCAGCUACUUGGGAACAGCUGCUCAGGGUGUUACUGCAAAUAACAUCGCUUGUUUUGAAUGAGAAAUCGUCUCGACGGAAAGUUCAAGAGAGCAUCGGUGGUAAACUCGCCCCUGCUAUAUUCCAAACGUUGAUUGUUACAUGGAUUAAAGCUAAUUUAAACGUUAUUAUUUCUACGCAAUUGUGGGAUCAGUUUCUGGAAGUAUUAACGUCUUUAACGCAAUGGGAAGAAUUGAUUCGUGAAUGGGCGAAAACAUUGGAUACUUUAACGAGGGUACUUGCUAGACACGUCUAUAAUUUGGAUCUGAACGAUCUUCCAUUGGACAGAUUGAGCGAGCAGAAAACUAAGAGACGACGUGGUGUUGGGAGUCGUGCCGCCUCUACGGGAAGUGUUCAACCACCGCGCAAAGGGAGCGUCGACCAAGAUAAUAACACUGUGUCCGAAAAGAAUGUUAUCGAUCAUCCGAUACGAGAUUUGAGAAAAGUACGACCUCUUCCUCGUAGUGCGAGCGACAAUACGAUCUAUAGUGCGAAGGCGCGUACGAAGCUUCAUAGAAGUCGCGUACAUACCGUGCACAGCGGUAUUCCCGUACUACCCCUAUCGAUAGAGCAAGACAUGGCCCGGCUGCUGUCAAACAGUUCUGCAACGUCGUCGUCAGCUGGUCGAAAAAUGUUACCGAACAGGCGGGCUAAGUCUUUGGAUAGUAUUGUUAUAGUCGAUAGCGAGCCACCAUCACCGCGUUGCCCUUCUCCUACACCGAGCAGCGGGGUCGACAGCAACAAAGACAGCCCGAUACAAAUUGAGAAUAUUGACGGCAGUAGUAUCGACACUAACGAUGCAUCAGAGAGAAGAUCAGUUAUGGCAGGCGGAGGUGUUCGUGGAUGGUUACCCGACGUAGCGGUAGUAUUAUGGCGGCGCAUGUUAUCAGCUUUAGGGGAUGUAAAUAAUAUACAAGAUCCUACCCUUCACGGUCAAGUAAUGGAUUACCUCGUUCAACUUACGCAAACACUUAUAAAAAUUCGUCUAAAUCAGGGUGUAUCUGGAGAUAAUCAAGCGACACCUCCAGCUCCAGAACUUAUACCUCCGCUGACAGUAAUCGCUCCGUGGUGUUUCAAGGCGAUACAACUGCCCAGUCAAUACGAAGUUGGCAAAUUGGCAGCGUACCGUUUGAUCUGUCUGUUAACUGUUCAACCUCAGGAUAUCAAUCUACCGAAACAGCACUUGACACUCUUUUAUCGAGCAGUUCAUAACGGCAUCGUUAGUAACGAUAACAAAGUUUUACACGUGCUGGUUAAAUAUACCGGCCCUCGAUUAUUCAGUUUGAAUCUACCUGGAAGCAGCCUUUUGAUUUUGGAUUACAUUCACGCUGCUAAUGUAAUAUUGAGCGGUCAUGACAUCGAGGCGCCAAGGACAGAAGCUGUUUCGAUAAUUGGAUCGUUGUUGUCGUUACCUGCCACUACUACUAAAUUACCCGUGCUGCAACCCACCGGAUCGGAUAUCGUGACUAUGACAUGCCCAGAUGCAAAAGAACAUAUAAUCACGAUCCUCUUAAGAAGUUGUAGGCGAGAACCAACUGGUAUUGCGAGAUGCGUGGCUCUCUCGAGUAUUGCUAUGUUCGUAUACAAAGAGUUAUGUUACAAAAAUCAACAUUCCAAAAUCCCGGAAGCGGUCACGGUUCUCCUGCUAGCGCUUCGAGCUAGUCAUGCCACUGUUGCCCAAGUGGCAUGCGACUCUCUUCUCUUGUUGUGUGAUAAAGCCGAUACUCUAUUGGAAUUGUAUCCAAACGUGCCAUGUAAAAUAAUUCAAAUUCUGUCAGAAACACUUGGCUAUAUGAGCACUCGGGAGAGGCGCGGUCCUUUGACGAUAUCAAUGUUGUUCUGCUUGGGCGAAUGGGCUAUGCAUCUUGGUCCGUCGGUCUUACUACGCGUGUUUCAAGGAAAACCUCUUCUGAUGACUAUGUUCACAGUUCUGGAUAACGUUGUGCAAGAUAAAAUCGGAAAAGAUGGUUCGCAAUCGGCUAAAACUCAUGAAGAUGAGGAUGACGAUUUCGAUCCUGAUAUUACUUUGGACAACUUAGCCGACGACGCCUGUGCUAAAUCGCCUCGUCGAGGCAAUGUCCAGUCCGUUCAGUUGGCAGCAAAAAUGGUAAUGAUGCAUUUAAUAAAUCAUUUGGGACAUUUUCCAAUGGGCAUCGGAGCUGCGCGAUUGUCUUCGUUAGUCGUUGAACUGGACGAUGUGCCAGGAAUCGACGGCGAUGAGCUGUCCUCUGCCAUUUUUCACGCGCCGAACAUACAGCUUUUAAUGUUAUCAAACUCUAUAAUAAUGUCGCUGGUUGAAUUGGCAGCGCUUGAUGCCCCUGGCGGAGGUGUCACCGCUGGAUUGACGACAGCACCGUCAUUAGUUAGAGUAUUGUUACGAGAUUUAGCUGGGAAAGCGUCUUGGGACAGUUCUAUUUUAUAUAGUCAACCAUUUGUCGAAGACGAUACACCGGUCGUAUUUACGAAACAUGUUGAAUGGAAAUCAAAAACGCAUGGAGAAGAUCUGAGCAGCGUUACGACAUCGCAGACGUGCACACCUCGACAUACGAUAAGACAUCGCGAGCCUCAUAUAUUGCCUACGUUUGCAAAUGCUGCGAGCGACAUGGAUAACUUAGAUGAUCUCUUACAAUAUAUAGGAUACACGAGUCCUGAAGUAUUAACGAAUCCAGAAAUAGCACUUAACGAGCCCGCUAAUCCGCCACAGGGUCUAUGCCUUGAAAGUGAAACCAUCGCAACAAUUCUCAAUCAGAGGAACGCGGAACAAGAGCAUAUCAACAAUUGGAAUCAGCACAUUAGCAUGUGCGCUUCAGCAAUAAGUCCACCGUCGUGUCGCGCACCCCCCGCGCCAUUUCAUCACUGCCGCCUUUUGUUUUCGCACUUGGGCUUAUCUGGUUGGGAACAACGUAGAAAAUUGCAUUUAUUAUCGAAAAACGAGAAGCUUUUACGAGAAUUACGAAACCUCGAUAGCCAACGAUCUAGGGAGACGCAUAAAAUAGCGGUGAUAUACGUCAGCCAAGGACAGGAAGACAAGAAUUCUAUAUUAAGCAACGUUACCGCUAGCAAAGAAUACGAGAGCUUCGUCGCGAGAUUAGCUUGGGAAGUCGAGCUUGAAUCACAUACAGGCUUCCUCGGAGGUCUCGUCCCGGGGAAGGCAUCCGGCGUCACGGCACCAUACUUCGCAACAUCUUUUACUGAAAUUCUAUUUCACGUAGCUACCAGAAUGCCUUCCGACAGUCCCGAAAGUUUAUUGCAGAAGACUCGACAUCUUGGUAACGAUGAGGUUCAUAUAGUCUGGUCUGAGCAUUGGAGGGAUUACCGUCGUGAUAUUAUACCAACAGAAUUUUGUGAUGUCUUGAUAGUGAUCUAUCCAUUGCAUAAUAAAUUAUACAGGAUCCAGAUUUCUCGGAAGCCAGAAAUCCCAUUCUUCGGGCCUCUAUUUGACGAGUGCAUCGUGGAAGAUAAAGUUCUACCUGGGUUGGUGAGAACUACGGCUUUGGCAGCGAGUCGGGCGAAACGGUCUACACUUACGUUAUAUCAACAUUAUUAUGAAGAGAGAGCGAGGUCUAUCGAUACUGUAAUGAGAAAUCAUAAAGAAGCAACUACGUUCGAAGAAUUCACAGCAAAUGUAUACUCUCCAGUCCAGCCGCCGAGCCCAUUCAGUGGAGCGUCUUCAGUAUCUGGAUCUACAACAAGCGUGCAAUCCACAGCAUCGUCAAACCUCGCAGCAGCGCUUAUAGAUUCGCAUCAGGGUCGAUCGGGUCUGCGAAGUUCUUCAGCAGCAAGCAGUGAUAACCGCGCGAAUAGAGUCUUACACAAUCUCUUCAGAGUUUCCGACGGAAGCAGGGUAUGGUUUAGCAAUGACACGCCGGACAGCACAGCACUCCACGGAAUAUCUCCUAGGCCCGUGAAGAAGAUGUCGUUCAAAACUGGUCCGAAGCAGAGGGCGAACACUCAACCAACGCCUCCCGACAGUCCGAGAUAUAAAUAAGGUGUUUUGUACCAGCAUCAUAAACGAAAAGAACAUUUUUUGCACAAGAGGUUGUUUGGGCAUAUCCUAGACAUCGUAAUUUAAGAGGAUUCUUUAAGAUACAAUGUGUUACAAUAACAUACAGAGCAGACAGCCCACUGUUUCUUAAAAUUGAAGGCGAUACCAGGUGAGAGUCGUAGCGGGUAGCUUUGAGUAACGUACUAUCUCUAAAAAAAGAGAAAAGACAAGUAUUCUUGACGGUGGGCGUCGAAACAUCUGAUUAGUCUUAGCGUUUUCUGUUCUCCGUCCUUAGGUUUAAUUUUUAUAUUAAAUAUGUACAGAUCGUUGUUUAUUUGUUGCAACGUGAAUAUAUUAAUUUAUUGGAUCGUAAAUAAUACCGAGAAGAUUUAACUGGUCAGAGAUAACAUCAUAGCUAACUAGAUAUUUGUUAUAUACACCGAAUUAGUGUCACAUGACAGCUAUUUUCAUUGUACAGUACUUUAUUAAGAUCAGUUUACCCUGUGUACUUGAAUAGGUAAGCUUAAAUAAUUAAUAUCGACUUAUAAAAGCUU